AUGACCUCCACUGCGUAUCACAAGGUCUUCUUCUCCCGAAAUGUGCCGUAUGCUAUAAACCGUUUCCGUCAACAACUUUGCAAAAACGUCGCCAACUCAAUAUCAGUUGAGUGUUUCGUCUCUGAAGAAAUCUGCAUCACACGCAAAGAGCUGCUCGAAAGAGUAAAGGGAUGCACAGGUAUUUUUUGUCUAUUAACGGAAAAAGUGGACGCUGAAGUUUUGGACGCCGCUGGACCCUCGCUUCGUGUGGUGUCGACCAUGUCGGUCGGCUACAAUCACAUUGAUGUGGAAGCCUGUCGAGCUCGUAAUGUGAAGGUCGGGUACACUCCUGGUGUAUUAAAUGUGUCGACUGCUGAGACGGCGGUAGCGCUGACGUUCGCAACCAAGCGACGAUUGCUCGAGUGCGCAGCCAAUGCCAAAGCUGGAGAAUGGGGUGUCUGGCAGCCGUUCCAGUAUUGUGGGUCUGAUAUCACUGGUAGCACAGUUGGUGUGGUUGGGCUUGGACGAAUUGGUACAACGUACGCGCGUAUGCUAAAGAACGGUUUUAAUUGCAAGAUCCUUUACACAGGACCACGUGAGAAAGUUCAGAACGCCAAGUCCCUUAUGGGCGAUCCUGGUUCUGUCGAGUUUGUCGAUAUUGAAACACUGUUGCGUGAAAGCGACAUUGUGAGCCUCCACCAGCCUUUAACUGAGGCGACUUGCUGUAGUAUAGGUGGCAAGGAAUUCAAAAUGAUGAAGUCGAGCGCAGUAUUAAUCAACACUGGCAGAGGUGAGCUGGUGGAUGAGGAUGCGCUCGUGGAGGCACUCAAGACUAAGGAGAUCGCAGCAGCCGGUUUGGAUGUGACGACUUUUGAACCGCUUUCACCUUUGCACCCACUCUUUUCGCUUGAUAAUUGCAUCGUGUUGCCUCAUAUCGGCUCAGCCACGGUCAAGACUAGGCAAGCCAUGGCUGAUAUCGCCGUUGCUAACUUAGCUGCAGGUGUUCAAGAUGAGGAACUACCACAUAGCGUGUGCUAA